AUGCAUAAGAAUCAAAUUCAAAAUACUAAUACUCGUAAGCCAUCUAAUAGUUAUUUAAAAACUGAGUUCAGUUGCUCAUCCCAAAUCAAGGAUUUGAGAUACACAACAGACCCAUCUCCGAAUAGAGCAAAUAAAGAAAAUGUUGUUAAACCAUCAUAUCUUAAAGCAACUCUCCAAAAUCAUUUAAUCAAAUAAGAUAGAAAUAUAACUCCAAAUGUUGCCAAAGGUAGCGUUAUAAGCUUGUUUCUAAAAUAGAAAUAAGAGGAGUAGCAAACUGAAAUAAAAUUGAACUCUUGUUAAAUGCACAAAAAGAAAUUGAAAUAUGAAAUCAAUUAAUAAUAAAUGUGUAGUAGAUGUGCAAUUGAUUAUGCCAUCUAAUUUGGAGUACCCAUUCGAUAUAAUGAUUUAGACAGAAAAAUGCUCACAUUUGGAUAAGAUGAAGAACAUGAAGAAUUUCAGACUUUUACUUAAAACACAUCAAAAGAACUUUAAUACAUUUCAAAUAUACAUACCUAAUCUGACGGUAUCAUUAAAAAGAAAGAGUUAAAGGAUUUUAUUGUUAAGGUUGGAGAUGUUAUCAGUUAGAAUAUGUAAUUUCUAAAAGUUAUUCAAUAAUAAUCUCUGACAUAUGAUAAUUCAAAACAAUAAGUUAAUAAAAUAUUAGAUGAACUAUAAAUAAUGAGUAAGGCUCUUCUUAAUGAUUUAUUUGAUAAAUAAUAAAGCAAAAGUCAAGGUUCUUUAUGCAUAUCCAAUGAUCUUCCUCAGUAAAUUAAUUUUAAUAGCUUUAAAUCAGUUGUUACUUAAUAAAUUAAUGAUCUUCAAAAUAUAAAGAAAGACAUUAUGGAGAAUGUUGAUAAUAUUAUAACUUAGAUGGAUGUGGCUCCUUUUAAAAUUAUCAUUAAUAAAUAUAGUGAAAAAUUAAAAACCUUUGAGAAUACUUUAUUUGAAAUCUAAGAAUAAUACAAAUAACUUCCUUUAUAAGGGGACAAUAACACUUUUACAAAAAAGAUGAGAGAUUUAAACUUCAAGAAAAAAUUAUCGAAACUAUUUAAUGAUUUACUUGAAAAUUCGGUAGCAAAAACAGGUUAAUUAUCAGAUUAAGUUAAUAAUAAUACAAAGUUUAUUUAGUUACUAUAAAAAGUAAAUAACAAUUAAAAUACAAACACAAUCUUCUAUUCAUCUAUUUUAAAAGAUAUCAAUUCUGAUGAAAAACCCAAACAAUUAAAAGCCAAUUAUAAGCCUUCUGAGUGA